GACUUUUUCCUAAUCCAAUAAGAACUCUACGAGAAAUAACGCAAAAGGCGGCUAUUCCGCUGGUUCGUUUCUUCGUCCGUUCAUCUUCGUUUGAAAUUAACAUUGGAAUCGGACAGAGAGAUGUUAGAGAGGUAUCGGCCAUUGGAAUUGGGAGAGAUGUUGGUAUCGAGAGAGAGAGAGAUGUUGGAGAGGUAUCAGAAAUUGGAAUUGAGAAAGGCGCUUUCCCGUAGGUAUGACUACCCCUCAGCCUGCAAAGAACUGGCCUUCAUUCUCAGAGGGCUUUACACUAAUGCCCCAAAGAAUCUCCAAGCCCUAAUGUUUCAGGAUACUCUCCUUGCUUUUCAACUUCUUCCAGAAGUCCAGACAAGCUGGGGUACGUCAGCAGCUAACCUCUUGCUCCAAGCAGCAGAAGCUACAUUGCCAAAGCAGAAAAGAGCAAUGGCAGUUUCUGAGUUUAAACAUGCUAUAGUUUCUUACAAGAGGCACUGCAAAACUCGACAAGAUAAACAUGAUGCAACUCAACUCCCACAAGAUGUUCUUAUCCACAUAUUCAGUUUCCUGGAUGGACGGUCUUUGGUCUCUGCUGGACUUGUGUGCUGGUUAUGGAAUUCAGCAGCAAGUGAUAACAAACUGUGGCGAUCACAAUACACCCGCCUUUUUAAUGACAUUGAGUUAUAUUGUGCUGAAGAAGGGAAACGGCAGGAUCCAAAUUCAGAGAAGCCAACAAAUACCUUUAAAGAAGAAAAAAAUGUGGAUUCAAGUGCAAAUAUUAGUUGGAAAGAGGCUUUUAGGAGUAAAUAUGUAGGAAAAUCGUCGAGGAGUUUUGCAUCAAACAGGGGCUAUUGUUGCAAUUGCAGAUCUGUAAUUUGGCUCAAUGAUAUGAAAUGUUCAAAUCUUCAUGGAAUUUCAAAAGAUGGAGAUGCUCAAUGGAAAGUAAAACCAAUAUCACCUUCAGAGGUCGUGCAGUUUCUUCUGGGUGAUACCCAUUCUGGGACUUCUUCCUCUGACAGCGAUAGUGAUUCUGAUGAGGCGUUGCUCGUGCAGCAGAUGUUGCCUAAACUAUGGGCCUACCCCACAAGACAUUUGACUCAUGUCUGGAAGAUGCCUUCCGAGGGAUGAAAGACAUUUGACUCGUGUCUGGAAGAUGCCUUCCGAGGGAUGACUCUCUCUCUCUCUCUCUCUCUCUCUCUCUCUCUCUCUCUCUCUCUCUCUCUCUCUCUCUCUCUCUCUCUCUCUGGAUAGUGAUUCAAUCUGUUGCUUGGAAGUGAUAUGUUUAGCGUGUAGAUAUGCUAGCGAUUAUGCAGAGUCCAGACCUCCACUGCUGUGUCCAUGUUACCUGGUUAAUGCAUGAUAAUCUAGUCUUUGUGCUGUUAAUACACUAUUAUCAGUUUGAUAUCUUUAGCUGUGAAUUACUGGAUUAAGUGUGUGAUUCCUGCGCCCACCUUAUGUAGCUGCUCCCCCCUUAAAAGACAAAUGAAAGCAUGUUUUCCAUAAUCCUCGUGAUAAUAGAUAUCUCAUCACGAGGAUUGUUACAUCCAUUCAAUGUUUGGAUGAUGGAGAGACCGGAACUCAUCAGGAUGAAAAGAGUUCUCACGAUCACACUCAACCCUAUGGCUGGACAGAUGAUCUUCAUGGUACAUUCGGAAGGAUCAACAUGUUCUUCUACCCUCCUAAAAACACGGUUUGGUGACCCGGAUCGCCCGCUACAAAACUAGUUCAGAUCGGCAAUCCAGCCUAGUGAACUGGUGACUAAAAAAUUUAAAAUUAGGGAAAGAGCGGUUCUCUGACAGAACCGGCUAGCAGUCAGAAGUAGCCAGCUUAUGGGGGGGAACUGGCCGGUUUCUUACAUUUAAUAGGAUCCGGAUUGACCUGAUUGUUUCCCAAUUCGAAUUGGCCUGUCCAAUUCCCAUCACAAAGUUUUUAAAACCUUUGGGUGCAGCUAGUCUAUGUGAUGGAUAAAUUAAUGCAAGUCUUUCGGGAACUAAUUUAUAACUUUCCACGUCCAUUUUGUAGUACCAUUCAGUAAGUCCUAUAUCCUUGCCAAACGUUGUUUUCUUGCUUCCUCUGUUCGUUUGUUAUGGUGUAAAGCUCUCUUUGGAAAGCUUUUCACCCCAUGGGAAAGUGCUUUCACUCUUAACUAGAUACAAGGCUGCUUUCUUACCAAAAUGCAUGGAGUACCCUACGAGCCACUCAUAGACAGGUGAAAGUAAUAGUCCAACAGGAAAGACUUUAUCAAAGUUCAUUCUAGCAAAACAGACGCCAACUAGGAACUAUUUGUCGGGGUUCGAACUAGGAAGUACUUGUGGACAUAUAUAGGGGUUCGAACUAGGAAGUACUUGUGGACAUAUAUAGUGCGGCUGAUUGCUACAACAAUGGGAGAAAAAUAGUCGUCUCGGUCAUCACCACCAUCCACUGAUCCCUAUGGACACCACAAUCAUCACCAUUCAGUGAACGAGUUGGCGGGUUGUGAGGAAGCAUUGAAGUCAUGUUGAUGUUGUGCGUCCUGCCCUCUCUCUAUAUUUACCUUUCAGUGAUUGGACUGUAUCGUGACUGAUGAGUUAAGAGAUUGAACAUUUUGUAGCGUGCAAUGGCCUCCCAUCUUAAUCUGUACAGUACUAAGUUGUUGGAGAAGGUCCAUCAAGGUCUCCAAAAUAUAUACAAUUCAAAUGGAAAGUGUACCUAUUUGUAUAUAGGAAAAUUCACAGGUUCUGCGAUGUUAAAAAGGAAAUUUUGAAGGCGCCUACUAAGGGUUCUAUGAAAUUUUAUAUGGGGUAAAUAUCGUACAAACCCCUAUAAACCUUCAUUAUAUUAAACCCAACCUUUUGUUUUGUAUUGGCGGCAUUAGAAAAACAUAAAAAGUAUCAUCCAACCCCCUAUUACGUCCCACUUUUAUUUUUAUAUCGUUAUCCAUAUGAAUUACCUUCGUCAAUUUCCCUUAUUACAUUUAGGGUCAUUUUUCUCCUUUACUCUUUUAACCCAGUAAUUUGGCCCUUUUCAAUUAAAUUUUGGUCUAGUUUCUCGCUCGGUUCUCACAUAUCGACCAGUAGCAAGAAGCCGUAUGUAUUCCUUGCUCUGUAUGUGCCACUUCAUUUCUUCCAUGUUUGGGUGGGUUUGUCUCUUGCAUGUUCGAUACAUGGCCUCGUGUUGAAAUUAUGGCUAAGGCCGUAAAUCCAAGAUUCCUCAUUCAAUGGGAGUGAGUGAGAGAUGAGGAUUCUAGGUGUUUGGCUCGCUGGGGCCAAGAUCAUAUACCUCGAGUAUAUUAGACAAUGAGACAAACUGGUAAGAGAGAUAUUGCUUUUAAAAGUGAGGGUAACCUCUGAAUAAGAUAUAUAGAGAAAUUGCCAAAAAAAAAAAAA